GGACAACAAGUUCUUUCCCAGAAAUCUACGCAAUAGAGCCCCGCACCAAGCUUCCUUCAAAAAAUAGUGGCACGCCUGACAACCCCACGUACUCAAAUGCAGUCGCUCAAAACUCUCACUAAUCGCAAUCUUUGUCAACACCUCCAACAUGACCUCUGAAGAUACCUUCAAUGCGACUGGCGACCUCAAACAAGACAGCCCAGUCGCCCGCUCAGACCCCCGCGAUGACGCGAGCCUUACAACCCUAGUAGAUCCAACUCCAACAACGCCCUCCAAUCGACAAACAACUCAAGAGUCGCAAGCAGCCAGAGAAUCUUAUAACGACUACAUCAAGAAUCUGCCACCGCCAUUUUGGGAGACCAAGACACCAAAGACGAAAGCAGCGAACGACGAAGUGAUCGCGACCAGAAUCAACGCGGUGUGUGCGCCAGUCACAGCCGAGCAGCGCGAAGAAGAUGAGCGCCUGAAAACUAUGUCCUGGCGCGAGCGAUGGCGUGACCGUAAAGCGAAACGAGAGGCUAAAGAGAAGAACAAAGAUCCUGAUAUAAGACCUGUAGAAACGGGAAGCCGAGCACAGCUGAACGUCUUUGGUAGCAAUAUUAAGGAGAAGCGGGUGAAGCGGUGACGUGCCUACGUAAGGAAUGUGCUGCAGAUUGCAUAGAAAAUCACACAACAACAAAAGAGAACAACUGCUGUAGUGUACUCGCAUCUCUGUAGCACCAUUGUGGAGAGCAUGUGUCAAUUUCGAUUGCCGAUUUAGGCGUCAACCGCAUGAUUUGCAUCCAUUCCCACAGUAAUGCCUCUAUACUUCCCCAGAAUUUCUUAGAGAUCCUGUUAGGAAGUGUUGUUAGAAAGUGUUCCUUCGACCGAUCAUUGCAGAACGUUAAGAUCACCGUCGUCACCGCUCAAACCUUCAACUCAGGCCACACGAAGAUCGUUUAAAACUCUGCGGACUUCGAAACAAAAGGGAGAGAGGCAGAACAGGUUUCAAAAGUUAUCACGAGAUCAUCGAUCUCUUGAGCAAGGUUGGGAGAUUUAUCCCCAUGAAGUGCGUAUCUAGAGAACACAUGCUAUUCGUUCCAUCGCAAAAGUCUUAGGAUGAUA